AUGCUGGCAGAGACGGUGAAGGCGUUCAAUGCCGCUCCUCCUCUCCAUGCUCCUCGAGCGAGCACAUCAAUGCUGUGCCAUGCUGCUCUUCUCCCAGAUCCUCGUCCUGCCGCGCUGAGGAGAGUCAGAGGAGCCUCGCAGGGGUUGAAGAUGAUGGCAGAGGGGAAGGAGAAGCUUCCUCUGGCGACGUUGACGAAGGAGACGGAAUGGUCGAUGGCGAUCGCCCUCGACGAUGGAGCAGAGCUAGCAGUGACUGCAUGCUUCCAAGAGGAUGAGGGGUAUGAACCUCCGCAGGGACCUCUUAUCGUCAGAAACAGCUCGUUUGUGCAGGGAGGAUUCUGGAAGCUCGGAGAAGAUCCAGCAAAAGAAGGGUUUGACAAAGCUGGUCUUUGGAUCUGGGGGCUGUUUGAGGAACCGAAAUACCCUUUCAUCUUUUUUGAGCUUCAAAUCACGAAGGAAAUCUCUACGUCCCAGGGCACCAUCGCUCCUCAAGUUCUCUACGCGCAGGCGGAUCUGAUCGGGUUGUCGGAGGCUGUCAUCUCAGAGUCCCUUCCCUGUGGGACCUUCUCGCUGAGACAGGUUUCGUGA